AUGGUGCAACAUAGAUCAAGAAGCUUUAUUCUCGAAGAAAAACCAGCCUCAUAUGAUGAAACUCUAGAUCAGUCAGCUUUACCAAAUUUGAAUUCGACCUGGGUUUAUAAUAAAGGUGCAUGGUUUAUUCAUAUUAUCAUUAUUCUCAUUGUCAAGACACUUUUUAGUAUAAUUCCUGGAGUGUCUUCAGAGGCUAGUUGGACGUUGACUAAUUUGUCAUACAUGCUUGGAAGUUUUGUAAUGUUUCAUUGGGUUAAAGGAGUUCCCUUUGAUUUUAACUCUGGUGCGUAUGAUAAUUUAACUCUAUGGGAACAAAUUGAUAACGGAGCUCAAUUUACACCAGCUAAGAAAUAUUUGACAGCAGUUCCAAUUGGAUUAUUUUUACUCAGUACACAUUAUACACAUUAUGAUGCAUUUACUUUCUUAGUUAAUUUCACAUUUUUAAUAAUUGUACUUAUAGCAAAAUUACCACAAUUGCAUAAGGUUCGCUUAUUUGGAAUCAACAGACUUUGA